AUGAAUUCCCUAGAUCUUCUACUCGAAUUUGCAGUCCAACAGAGCAAUGCAUCAGAAAUCGCUGGUUCUGAUGUCAAGAACGAAGACAAGAGCCAUAUAUCAAAUCCAGAUUGCUACACGGAAGCAUGGGGGUUCAAAGCCACAGCCGCUCAACCAGGGAUAUACAAUCCCACCUACCCCAGCAACAAUGCCUCGUCUACCCGCACAAUCCAGCAUUCUACAAGCAUGCCGCCAACGCAUCCCCAGCAGCAACACGCCACAGUACCCACCAUGCAGACCACAAGCUCACAGUCCGGAUCUCAGAGCACAUACGAAACCCCCCUGCACACACCACGCUACCACAACGCCGACAUCUCACAACUCUCCUAUCAAAACUCGCCUCAACAACAUUUUACAUCAGAUUACAACAAUAACGUCUACGACCCCAUGCUCGAACAGCAAUACCACUGCCCGUCUCAGGACCCCCCGUGGACCGGAUACUACAGCAAUGACAUGACCAUGUCGCCUGCAGACAUGAUGCCCUGGGGUCUUUAUAAAACGUCUUCUUGUACGCCGGAGGAUGCGAGACAGCAUGAGAUACUUGACAUGUUCCGCGGGCAAGAAUUGGGUAUUGGUCAAGGACAUCAUUUGGAAGGGAUGUGUGGGUGUGGACAGAUACAUGCUGGUACGUGA